GCAGUGGGAUAUACGGGAAACUUGUGGAAGUUGGGAAUUCGCUAUGCAGCUCUAUCAAAAGGUGUUGCGUACGGCUCGAGAGAGCACUGAAAAGUGAACUUUUGGAAUAGCGUUAAGGUCGCCCUUCAAGAAGUUGACGCCUGUGAAGUUAUUCCUUUUGUAUUGGAUUCACAGUGGGGGGGAGGGGGUGAAGAUGAUGUCCGACGCCAGUGAGAUGUUGGCAGCCGCCUUGGAGCAAAUGGAUGGGAUCAUAGCAGGCUCCAAGGCCAUGGACUACUCCAAUGGGCUGUUUGACUGCCAGUCGCCCACCUCUCCCUUCCUGGGAAGCCUGCGGGCGCUGCACCUGCUGGAGGACCUGCGGGCGGCGCUGGAGAUGAUGGACCAGGAUGAGAGGGAGGGCCUCCGCUGCCAGGUCCCUGACACCACCGCUGACGGCCUAGUGGAGUGGCUGCAGCAGGGACAACUGACCAACGGACAUGGCUCUGCUAUGAUCUACCAGGAACGACUGUCACGGGUGGAGAGCGAUAAGGAGUGUCUCGUCCUCCAGGUGAGUGUUCUCUCAGACCAGGUGGAGGUGCAGGGGGAGAAGAUCAGGGAUCUGGACAUGUGUCUGGAGGAACACAGAGAGAAACUCGACGCCACUGAAGAAACGCUGCAGCAGGAGCUGUUGAGCAGGUCGACCCUGGAGGCACAGAAGCUGGAGCUGAUGACCGAGGUGUCCAGUCUGAAACUGAAGCUGACCACUGUGGCGAGAGAUCUCAGGGAUAGUGAGGGGUUGUACCAGGAAGUCAACGAUCUGCGGUUCAGGGUGACCGAUAUGGAGAAUGAAAGACUGCAGUGUGAGAAGAAACUUAAAUCCACCAAAGAGGAACUGCAGACUCUUCAGAGGCAGCUGGAGGAGCUGAGGAGGCUAAAAGACCAGGCUACAUUGGGAGUCCUGACCCCAGACAGAACAGAUGGAGCGAAAGAUGUGGACGUGCUGAGGAUGAAGAGGGCCAUGGAGUCCCUGAUGUCAGCAAACAAUGACAAGGACCGGAGGAUCGAGGAGCUUCAGGAGUCUAUCACACGGUACAAAAAGGUCCAGGACUUGGUGAAAGACACACUGAAUGAAGACGAUUACGAUGACAUCCAGGAUGACAGAUCCCCCUCCAUUCAGGUCGCCAUGGAUACAGACCGGGCCACCUUGGCGGUUGGGGAGGAGACAGGAAGGAGCUGUGACGAGAUUCCAUCUAUUGCAGUGUUUUCAGAGCUGGAGCAGGAGAGACUGAUACAGGAACCAGACACAGACAGUCCACCAGAAGUCCCACCACAUUCAGCAGGUAGCCUGGGCCACAUAAACAGCAACACAGAGCAGACCACAAUUGAGGAUCCCAGCCCCCCAUCCACCUCCCCAUCAAACCCCACCAGUAAUGAAAGCUUUGGGACCAAGAAGGCCCGCUCCUCCUUUGGACGUGGUUUCUUCAAGAUGCGUGGAGGCAAGAGGACGUCCAGUGCCCCAAAUCUGGAUCGCAGCCGGAGUGCGAGUGCACCUACGUUGGCUGAGACCGAGCGUAAGGGCACAGACCACUUGGACUUGGCUGGUGCCCCGCCACACAAACCUCAGGGAGGCGACAGCAGCCAGACCCUACCUUCCUCACCAGAGGCCAAGAAGAAGUCCAGAGGCUUUAUGAAGUUCUUAGGCAGGCUGAAGAGAAGUCACUCCACCUCGCUAGACCUGGAGGAGACAGAGACUGAGUUCAGGAGGGGAGGAGUCAGAGCCACAGCUGGCCCCCGACUGGGCUGGUCACGUGACCUGCAGCACAGCGCUGAUGAUGUGGACGCUCCCUUUGCGCAGUGGAGUAAGGAGCAGGUGUGUGCGUGGCUGCAGGAGCAGGGCCUGGGGCUGCACGUAGCUCAAGCCCAGCAGUGGAUCCGCUCAGGAUUCACCCUGCUGCAGGCCUCCCAGCACGACCUGGAGAAGGAGUUGGGGAUCAAACAGCCCCUCCACAGGAAGAAGCUGCAGCUGGCUCUCCAGGCACUGGGAUCAGAGGAGGAUGUCAGCAAGGGCAAACUAGACCACAACUGGGUGACCAGAUGGCUGGAUGACAUUGGUCUGCCGCAGUAUAAGAGCCAGUUUGACGAGGGGAGGGUCGAUGGGAGAAUGCUACACUACAUGACUGUGGAUGACCUGUUGUCUCUAAAGGUGGGCAGUGUCCUCCACCACCUCAGCAUCAAGAGAGCCAUCCAGGUCCUCCGGCUCAACUUCUACGAGCCCAACUGCCUCCGCCGACGGCCCUCUGACGAGAAAAUGUCUCCCCAGAACAACAUCACGCCAGGGGAGAUCUCCCAGUGGACCAAUCACAGAGUGAUGGAGUGGCUGAGAUCAGUGGACCUGGCUGAGUACGCUCCUAACCUGAGGGGCAGUGGUGUGCACGGGGGGGUCAUGGUGCUGGAGCCUCGCUUCAACGUGGAGUCCCUAGCCCUCCUGCUCAACAUCCCUCCCAACAAGACCCUGCUGCGCCGCCACCUGGCCACCCACUUCCACCUGCUCAUCGGCUCCGCUGCCCAGCGCAGCAAACAGGAGUGUCUGGAGAACCCUGACUACACCCUGCUCACUGCCACCGCCAAGGUCAAGCCCAGAAGGCUGCCGUUCGGUGGCUUCGGGACCCUGCGUAAGAAGCGCCAGGAGGACGGCGAGGAGUACGUGUGCCCCAUGGACGUGGAGAUGCCCAAGAACAGCAGCUUCCAGGGGGGCCUGAGGAUCUACGAGGACAACCUGGACCAGAUGGAGGACUCGGAAGGGGCUGUGAGGCAGAUAGGAGCAUUUUCUGAGGAAAUCGACAACCUGACGAGCAUGCUGAAGGAGGAUGAGUUCUUCAGCGAGGUCUCCUCUCGCUCCCCCAAGGCCAGCAUCACCGACGACUCCAACGUGUGAGGGAGGGUCCCCGCCAAUGAUAUGUAUUAACUUUAGAUGAUUGACAGGGGGUGCUGUUUUGCAGCCACCACACAGCCAUUUUGUUACUCCUCCAUUGUAAAAAAGAUUUUAGAAGCUGUAGAAAUGCAUUAAUGUCUACAUUUGUUUUUGACAAGUAUAUUCUAUUAGACACCUUAAUGCAUACUUUGAAAUGUGACCUGAACAUAAAAAUACAAGGGAGUACUAAUGAUACUGUCCCCACUACAACAAUAAAUACCUAAAUGCAUGUAAUUUUGUCCUUUUAAACAUUUUAUAGAAGUGCUGUAGAAUUCAAUUCAUUCCUAUGGAGGAGUGCUCCUUCUGCGGAGUACCAAUAUGGCUGACCAGUGGCUUCAUAGCCUCUCAUUGGCCAUUACAUAGCAUCAGCAAUCCAGGGUUUAUACACAUUGGCCCCAGCUGGCGUCGCCAUGCAAACACCUUGAUAAGCUGUCUUCUACAACCUGAGACCACCUAUGCCCUUAGACUUACGUCUUUGUCGUUUCAGCAAUUUACGAUCUCUCGCUCUGCAUUCCCAAGUGAAGUUAUACAUGUGUAUUUAUUUAAGUUGUUGAAAUGUAGCGCAUGAAUUGAGAUUUCAACAUAGACGCAUUUACUUUGUUACAGAACUGUUUUUUUUAUAUAUUUGUUUGAAUAUCCACAAAUGAGUUCCUGUACUUACAUGGUAUGCCCUUGUCCUGACUUAUUUUUGGAACCCUCUCACGCCUAUUAGCAAUUAUAGAACCUAAAAGAUUGGUCAACUCGCAGUGGGACACUUGGAUCUGAAGUCAAAACAUUGCAGUCUGGCUUAAUCCAUAAUUUCCUCUACAUGUUGUCCUCUCAUUUGAUGCUCCUAUCUGCAUGUUUUGUGUCCCAAAGUAAUUCAAUAUUAUCACUAUGGUUUGUCCUGCCAUGUUGAAUUUUAGGAACAUUAAACAUGGAAGCCCAACGUUCUAGAAUGUAAACAUCACCACAAAGCAAUAGUUUUGCAAGCCUUAACCAUAUCAGUGAACAAUGUAAUGUACUGUGUACUGUUUCUAUGCAUCUUUUUUGAAAAUAAUUGUCAAUAAAAACAUGGUAAAAUGA